UAAAACCAUUUGUGCAAUGGUAAAUGCAAUGUAAAAGGUCCUGAAAUUAUGUUCGAUUAUUCAUUUAAAAUAUAUUUAUUUUUUAUUUAUUUCGAAGACACAUCAAAAUGCGUCGUUCGAAACCGAUAGAAGAAGCUCAAUUCUGAAUUCAAAGCUAUUCCCCGGCAAAACCAGUAACCGGGAAAAUGUCCGGCGGCUCUUCUGAUUGCUCGCGUCUUUGCCGUCUGAUCGAUGAGUCUCUCCGUCCGUGCACGGAACCGGAGGCGAUGGUGGUUUCUUUAACGAAAGAGAAGGAGAAACAGAUCCUCAUCGCUCUUUCUAAGGUCUUGAAAGAAAUUCAGCUUUGGACUCGAAAACUCCGCUAUUCUGACAAUGGUAAGGAAGCAGAAUCGGCCUGUAAUAGUGAGUACUGCUCAGACUCUGAGGACCAUCACUGUUUGACUAAGAUCGUAGCUGACUUGAUAGUUUUGCUAACUUUGGAGAGUCAAUAUGUUCGACAUCUGGCAGGCAAUGUUCUCAGUUUCAUUUCGGAGUUUUUAGCAGCAUCUGAAAGUGACUGGGAAAGAUUCGUCCAUUUGGUUUGUGUUUGUGUGGAAUUGGCAGUGGCCAACACACUUUUAUAUUCUUCUGCACCAUCAACCACUGGAGCCGAAGAUUCAAAUUCUGAUUCAUCAAACUUUCAUGCUGUUGUAAAACCUAGGCUGAAAAAUGCUAACUGGUCUACAGUGGCUGGCAUCAUUCGAGUUUUACGUAAUAUCUUGAAACAUUUGAAGCAAGACUAUGAUGAACACCUUCUUGAAGUGUACUUAGAUUCUGUAGAUUCUUGUCUUUCAAAUGUGCACUGGGACUUAUUGGAUGAGAAUUGUGACGGUCAGAACAGUGACUCUCAGAAGAGCUUUUCUGCGGAUGCUUCAUUUCUCAGAAACACCAGUGUGUUGCAAGAGCAAUGUGUCAUAUUUCUAGGAACUUUUCUUCAGCUACUCUGUUCCUUGGUUGACGAAAGUGAUUUUGUGGAAGCCACAGGUGUUUCAAUUGAUAAGCAUCCAAUUCAUCUUAAAAUCGUUAACCUUGUGCCUAAAGUUUUAUAUUGGUCCCUUGGCAAGCAAGGAGAUUGUGUUGAGACUUGCAUCUCUCAGUACUUUAGACAUAAGUUGUUGGUUCUAAUGGUCAGGCUUAGUUUUCAAACACGUCUGGAAUGUUCCACUCUUGUUUCAUGGUUACAACUUCUCCAUACUUACUUUCAAGAGGUUUUGCAGCAGCCAAUAACUCAACCUGAGUCUUGUCAGGAUGAUUGUCUAGAAGGCUCUCCAUUUUUAUUGAGUGUUUCUGAUGGAGAAAUAAAUAGUCCGCACUCCCACCAUAUUAAGAGGCAGGCUGUUUUUCUUUUCCUAAGGCUUUCCUUCAGUUUGAUCAGUCAAGAAAACACUGACAAGAAAUGUGUAUGCAUAACUCCAAAUUCAUGCUUAACCGAUGAAUCAAAUUCAGACCUGGAAUGUUGCUGUAGAAAGAAGGGUUUGUUAGAGCUCUAUAAGUGGUUUCAAGGAAAUCUUCCAACUGAGAUGUUUUUGAGCCAUGAAUUGUAUUUUGAAAGAUGUGUAAAAUUUGCCUCAUCCUUCCUCCAGUUAUUCAUGCAUGAGGAUGAUAUAUUAUUUAAAAUGCUCUUGCAACUGCUUGGUAUACCUUUUUGCGCAGAGCAACAGUUUUGCAACAAAAAAAGGAUGUUUCAAGAUGUCAAGGAAGAUAUUCUUUUUCAUGUUCCAAACCUUUUUAAUCCUGUACACCUUUUCCAUCUAUUUCUUUCAGAGUUACACUAUGAUCACCAAGUUCUUCUUGAUUACCUUAUAUCAAAAGACACAGGAAUAAGUUGUGCAGAAUAUCUUUUAAGGUGCUUGCGCAUAGCAUGCGACUCAUGGCACUUAUUUGUGGAAUUUUCGUUGGAUGGGAAAGUUAUAAAUCAAUCAUCUUGCAAGAAAAGAAAAUUGUCAUUGGAUGGCUCAAAUUUUCAGGUAUAUGUAACACCUAGACUUGAGAAAAACAAGGGAAUUCUCACAUCACUUGAGAAGGAAUGCGACAGAGACAAUGGACAUGCCUGCAAGCACUAUGUAACACAGCCAUUUGAAGGAGCCAGAGAGUGUUUGCUUUUAUUAAGAAAUUCUGUUGAAAGUCUUCACAAGAAGAAGCUGUUUCCAUAUAACCCAGAAGUGCUUCUGAAACGUUUGACAAGAUUUCAGGAGCUCUGCUUCAAGGAAGAGAAUUUUUUUUGAGGAAUUGUUUAGGAGUAUCAUUUAUUUCUUUGGGGUAAAGGGUAAAAAUGAGACCAUGUCUUGCCAGAGAGGCUUAGCUGUUCCAGAUGUUUCAGAUGAAUGUGGUUGCUAGUGAUGGAAACAUAUCAAGGCAACUGUGACGGACAAUAGUUGCAAAGACUGCUCCAAAGCUUGGCUCGAUUCCUUGCACAAUGUUGUUGUGGAGAUUCUGUUGAGUUGAUUGGAUGGAUUAAUUGAAUGAAUGUUGAACUGUGGAUGAACAGAAUUAACCUGACGGCAACAAGCAGUUGAGAUUGACAACAGAUGCAUGAUUCUUUUCAAUUUAAUCGACUGCAGGUACCUGUUAGCCACUCGGGAGACCAUUAAGAUCCAUUACUCCCCUUGAAAGCUACCAUUUUUCAGACAUUUUACGCUUUACCAAAGCGCAAAAACGAUGAAUAUCAAACACUUUUGAGGGCAAGAGUGAGAUGGAGAAGAGCGAGAAGCACUAUAUGCUGGUUCAUGGAUCCUGCCAUGGAGCAUGGUGUUGGUAUAAGGUGGCAACUUUGUUGAAAUCCGCAGGUCAUCAAGUGUUGGUGCUGGACCCAGCUGCUUUUGGGGAUCCACUAAAAGCAGGUGCAUGAGGCACAUUCACUCUCUGAAUACCUUGAGCCGUUGUUGGAGUUCAUGGCGUCUCUUCCAUCAGAGGAAAGGGUGAUCUAGGUGGGUCGCAGCAUGGGAGGGGUCUCCAUAUCUGUUGCCAUGGAAAGGUACUUCGUAAUCUCUCUCUCUCUCUCUCUGUCACACAAAUUACACCGAAAAAAAAAAAAAAAAAAACUAGUUGAGCUACUGGACCGGGAUUUGAUCUAAAGAAGAUGCAUGCAUGUCCGCUAUUGAGUUGUGAUCUACUAUCCAAUAUAAUUUUUUUUGGGAUAAUAGAUAAAUAUGCAGUGUCAUGAUUUUUAAACAGUUAUAAUUAGGCUGACCCAAUUAACCCCAUUUUUAAUCUAUUCAUAUACAAUUCGAAGAGCAUAUUUCUCACAGAUAAAACCCUUUCUGGUCAUGAUCUUGUAAAUUAGCGUAUCACAUGGCAAAAGAUGGCCUCUCUCUCUCUCUCUCUCUCUCUCUCUCUCUUUAUUAAUUUUUCCAAGGACGAGGAGGAACCCACAUAGCAAAUGGUGGCCUCCUUUAGAGGGUCUUGGGAAAUCUUACAUACACAACGUACCCAUGUAAGCGUAAGGCACAAAUCUAGAUCCAACAGCUUCUGAAACAUAUAUUCGAGCUACCCAUGCAUGUUUAAGGUAGCCUUCUAUUAUGGUCGCAUUUUGCCGUGGUGCUUGAUGGAUGGUACCGUUUGGAGAGGGCCAUGUCAUUAUCGGCCCUCCUGUUUUGGGACGUGUGGGGCACAAUCUAUGGCUUGGGCUACAAUUGGGGGGUGAAUAAGACAGCAGGCAUUGACCCUGUGACCAUGACUUAAAGCUAACACAUUCGUCUUGAUCUUCUGUACAUGCUUCUAGGGCAGAACCUUUAUCUAAUAGCGGAAGAAAAAUUGGACAUGACAAGUGGAUUUUUCUUAAUACCUGUUA